AAGCACACAGUCCCUGUCUGUCACCCAAUCGCUUCCAACUAGAUAAUUCCCCUUUGAGUUGAAAGAGUAGAGAAUGGAUAUCAACUGAAAGCUGAAAUUCAAAGCUAACAAAUUCACCGUGGGAGAACCAGAUCAGCAGGCACAGUUCAACGACCGGCACGGAAAAGAUGCAAGAAUGACUCAACCUCAGCUGAAUGAGUUCAUUCCUCCUCCGGAGUGUCCUGUUUUUGAGCCCAGCUGGGAGGAAUUCGCUGACCCUUUUGCGUACAUUAACAAAAUACGACCGAUUGCAGAGAAAACUGGCAUCUGCAAAGUCCGACCGCCGCCGGAUUGGCAGCCACCGUUUGCUUGUGAUGUUGACAGAUUGAAAUUCACACCACGUAUUCAAAGGCUCAAUGAGUUGGAGGCUCAGACCAGAGUGAAACUAAACUUCCUGGAUCAAAUAGCGAAGUUUUGGGAGCUUCAAGGCUGCACUUUGAAAAUCCCUCAUGUGGAAAGGAAGAUUCUAGAUCUGUACCAGCUCAACAAGCUGGUGAAUGAGGAAGGAGGCUUUGAUGCAGUCUGCCGAGACCGGCGCUGGACUAAAAUCUCCAGCAAGAUGGGCUUUGCUUCAGGGAAGGCAGUUGGCUCCCAUCUGCGGGCCCACUAUGAGCGGAUCCUAUAUCCAUAUAACCUAUUCCAGACUGGAGACAAUCUGCCUAGAGCCACCUUGACCAAUGACACGAAAGAUAAGGAGUACACCCCACAUGACCUGCCGCAGCGCCAGUCUGUGCAACCCCAGGAGAUCUGCAGCAUAGCUCGCCGUGCAAAACGGAUGCGAUCUGAAAGGGGCUGUGUGAAAAGCGAACCUGGGGAAGUUUGCGAGAAUCGCCCCAAUCUCAGGAGGAGGAUGGGAACAUGCGUUGCCAAGUCAGAUCUUGUGAGAAAGGCAGUGAAAGAGGAGUCUGUUGAACAUGAAGUUGAUGUAAUACGUGAAGAAACUAUGUUACAUAACACAAACAACAGUACACAGAGUAAAGUGGAGCAAUACAUGUGCCUGGUGUGCGGCAUGGGAAGUGAGGAGGACCGCCUUUUGUUGUGUGAUGGCUGUGAUGACAGCUAUCACAUCUUCUGUCUCAUACCCCCCUUACAUGAUGUUCCCAAAGGAGACUGGAGAUGCCCCAAGUGCCUGGCUCAGGAAUGCGGCAAACCUCAGGUCGCUUUUGGCUUUGAGCAGGCCAGCAGGAGCUACACCCUGCAAGCCUUUGGAGACAUGGCUGAUUCCUUCAAAUCAGAUUAUUUCAACAUGCCAGUUCAUAUGGUGCCGACUGAGCUGGUAGAGAAGGAGUUUUGGCGUCUAGUCAGCACCAUCGAAGAGGAUGUGACUGUAGAAUAUGGGGCGGACAUUGCCUCCAAGGACGUUGGGAGUGGUUUCCCUGUGAAGAACAGCCAUUUUGAAGUGUCUCCUGAAGACGAGCAUUAUCUGAGAAGUGGCUGGAACCUUAACAACAUGCCUGUGCUGGACUCCUCAGUUCUGACUCACAUUACAGCCGACAUCUGUGGGAUGAAGUUACCCUGGCUCUAUGUGGGCAUGUGCUUCUCCUCCUUCUGCUGGCAUAUUGAGGACCACUGGAGCUACUCCAUUAACUACCUUCACUGGGGGGAGCCAAAGACCUGGUACGGUGCCCCUGGUUACGCUGCUGAGCACUUGGAGGCAGUAAUGAAGAAACUAGCUCCUGAGCUCUUUGAGUCCCAGCCAGACCUCCUUCAUCAGCUCGUGACUAUUAUGAAUCCCAACACGCUGAUGAAUAACGGCGUUCCGAUCUAUCGCACCAACCAGUGUGCAGGAGAGUUUGUCAUCACUUUCCCCAGAGCAUAUCACAGUGGAUUCAACCAAGGUUUCAACUUUGCUGAAGCGGUCAACUUUUGCACCAUGGACUGGAUGCCUAUCGGACGAGACUGUGUGAAGCACUAUCGCCAGCUGAGCAGGUACUGCGUCUUCUCCCACGACGAGAUGGUUUGCAACAUGGCCUGCAAAGCAAACAUGAUGGAUGUGGACCUAGCCUCCGCUGUGCACAAGGAGAUGGCCGCGAUGGUCCAAGAAGAGGAAGAACUUCGAGAAAAGAUCAACAAGAUGGGAGUGGUGCGAACUCGGCAAGUUGAUUAUGAGCAUCUCCCCGAUGAGGAGCGCCAGUGCUGCAAGUGUCGGACCACCUGCUACCUGUCUGGUAUCACUUGUGUCUGCAGUCCUGGCAAGAUGGUCUGUCUGUAUCACGCGCAGUACCUCUGCUCCUGUCCUCUUAGCAACCUAACACUCCACUAUAAAUUUACACUGGAUGAUUUAUACCCCAUGAUGGCAUCAGUGAAGCUGCGUGCAGAGUCUUAUAAGGAGUGGCUGAGUACCGUGCAGGACAUCCUGCAGAAGAAAGACAGAAACAGAGGUCUGGAAGAGAUUCAUAGCCUGGUGGAGCAGGCGGAGACGAAAGCGUUUCCACAAACCAGCCUACUGGAUCAGCUGCGUGUUGUUGCCUUACAGGCUGACAAAGUCGCUGUGGUGGCACAACAGCUUCUAAAUGGGAAAAGGCAGACGAGGUAUCGCUCUUGCGGGGGGAAGUCUCAAAGCCAGAACGAAUUGACAGUGGAGGAGCUCAGGUCAUUUGUGCAACAGUUGGACAACCUACCAUGUAACAUCCGACAGGCACCUUUACUGAAGGAUCUGCUGACUCGGGUUGAAGAAUUCCAGCAGCGCAGUGAAAGACUCCUCUCUGACGACGCGCCGAACUCUGUCGAGCUUCAGGACCUGUUGGAUCUGAGCCUGGGCCUUGACGUGGAGCUACCCGAGUUGCCUUUACUCCGGGAGAGACUGGAGCAGGCUCGUUGGCUGGAAGCUGUGCAGCAAGCCAGCAGCCGGCCAGACGACCUCUGUCUUGACACAAUGAGGAGGCUGAUCGACCAGGGGGUGGGCCUGGCCCCUCAUAGCUCAGUGGAAAGAGCUAUGGCUCGUCUGCAAGAGCUCCUGACUGUGUCCGAGCAGUGGGAGGAGCGAGUUCUUGGCCUCAUGGAAGCGAGUCCAUAUCGUAGCAUUGAAACGCUUGAUGCGGCGUUGCAAGAAAUAGCGAACAUCCCUGCUUACCUGCCCAACUGCCUGCAGCUAAAGGAUGCUGUGGUAAAGGCUAAGAAAUGGCUUAAUGAAGCUGAAGCCCUACAGCUCGGGGGGCGUAUUCCUGUGCUGGACAAGCUCUCUGAGCUUGUACUCAAAGCGGAGGGUAUCCCAGUAAGGCUGGACCCUCUGAGUCGAUUAGAGGCGCUGGUUGUUGACGUGCAGACCUGGAAGGAAAGUGCAGCGAAAACAUUCCUACUAAAAAACUCACCCUUUUCUCUCUUAGAGGUACUGUGCCCAAGAUGUGACAUAGAAGCAGGACUUCAAAGGUCAAGAUAUAAAAAAACAAAAGAGGCAACACAGACCAGUAAGAAAUCCUCCAUAAAACUGGACUCGCUCUACGACGUGGAAAGAGCUCUCUCUGAAAGCAAAGACUCUGCUUCUGCUAUGGCCACACUUGCAGAGGUCCACCAGAAGGAGAUGGAGACCUUGUUGGCUCUGAGGGCUUCAAAUGAGUCAAAGCUUCUUCCUGCUGAGAACUGUUGUGCACUUAAUGUGUGUGUGUGCCAAAAGGCGCCCUCGGGGGCCAUGGUGCAAUGUGAGCUCUGUCGAGAAGUUUUCCACAGUGGGUGCGUUGUAGCAACCCCAGACCUCAAAUAUGGCCAAGUGUGGCUUUGCCCUCUUUGCCAGCGUUCAAGGAAGCCGCCCCUAGACAAGGUCCUGCCUCUGUUGGCCUCCCUGCAGAGGAUUAGAGUCCGACUGCCUGAGGGGGACGCGCUGCGCUUUCUCAUUGAGCGGACAGUGCGGUGGCAGCACAGAGUUCAGCAGGCCUGCACAGAAGGACUGUUGGAAAAAGUGUCAAAGAUGGGAAAAAAUGGAUCAAGAAUAUUGUUGCAUCAUGAAAAGAACGACUGCUCUUUUUACACAGAGCACCAGUGUGUUCCAGUCCAGGGACUUGGUCCUGAGCUGGAGGAGCUGAUGGUGGAGGGGUUUCUGCUGCAGGUCACACUGCCUGAGACAGAGCAGCUUUACACGUAUUUGCUGAACAAACUGGCUCCUCUGCCCACUCAGGGUGGCCACUGUAGGAAAAGCACAAAAGAUGAUGAGCUACAGACGGCAAGCACAAAACCCCACAAAAAGAGCGGAAGUUCUAAACCCAAAAAAGAGGCCAUGAGUAUUCAGAGCAAGACAACCAAGCGACGCAAGGAACGCUCUGACUCUCAGCACUCUGAGAAGGCCAAGAAGUGUUGCAUGCAGAAGUCGAAGAGGAGCAGUGAUAGAAGUGAAGAAAGCAGAAGGAGCUGCUCGCCCACAAACACAGCGUCAGAACCUGCUGCCUCUGCAUCCGACUCAGAUGAGGACUACUCCUUGUGUGCUGCGCCAUGGUGCAGAGAGCCGGAAGGAGACGAGGUAAAUUGGGUCCAAUGUGACGGCAGCUGCAAUCAGUGGUUCCACCAGGUCUGUGUUGGACUGUCUGCUGAGCGAGCAGAGAAGGAAGACUAUAUUUGCAUAAGCUGCACACAGCCAGACUUCGACAGAGGGGAGUGAAGACCAAAAAGUGACUUUGAAGGACCAGCAGUUGAUUUUGCGGCACGCAGCACUUAAAAGUGCACACCUGAACUCUUUACCCUUUACCUUGUGGCUUGCCCUUAGUGAACACGGUGCUAAUCACUCGUUUCCUACGUUGCAAAGACGUCACUAUUUCUGUCAUGUGGCUGCUUUUUCAGCUAACCCUCUCUGAAACUUUCCAACACUUGACAAAUGUUUCCAGAAGCAAGAAAGCAGGGAUUUUUCAACCAGAAGUCAAUUGAAAUCACACUUUAGACCUUUUUUGUAGUGUCUGAACAUUGUGAAAUUUCUCCUACAGAGUUAAUAUAAUUUCAUUUAACAAAGCAAUAACUUGAGUCUGCUUCAAUUUAAACUGACUUGUUGAAGCGAAACCCACGAUGAAAUCGCUUGAUUAGUCCGAUGAUAUUAAAACAGUUCAGAUCAAAAGUUGCAAAAACAAAUAAUUUUAAGAAGUCUCAGAUGAAUAGUUAUCUGAAUGUAUGAAAACGAUAUUAGCCCUAAUCCCUUUACAGUUCUCUGACUUUAGAUACAAAGUCUGCAGGUUCCUCAUUUUUGGUCUUUGGGGAAAACACGUUUUCUCAACAUAUAGUGAGACUUGUUCACAAAGUGAGAAUGAACUGUCCGACAUCAAAGGAAUGUACAUUUAUUUUUGUGUGUGGUUUCCCUCAGAUUUAGGUUGAAAAUAUUGUGUUGAAUUUAGAUUUAACAGAUUGUGUGAUUUAUUCGCCACGGGUAUAUGACCUUUUUUCUGCUCCUUUGGUUAAAUAAUAUAAUUCAUAUGUUGCAGUUUGCAAUUUAAAAUAAAAAUGUUUGUU